CAGCCGUCGUGUUGUACGGAUAAGAUGGCCAAGUUGGGAGUUUCAGUGGCGUUGCUCCUAGCAUUUGCCGUUUUCGGCACUGCUCGUGCUUCCUCCAACGUUCCAGUUUUCGUCUGGGGCAAACCCUCUGUUACGUAUGUUCCGGCACUGAGCCGCUACUCGAGCUCGGAAUUUGCAGCCCUGGUAGAAGCCCAGAUCGAUGAAAACACGUUCACGGUCGUGUUUGCGGAAGACCGACUGUCGGCGGAAGAUCUCAGCCAGUGCAAGCUGAAGACACAAACUUGCUUCAAGAAUCUGCAAAAGCUCGAACGCAAAUCGUAUCUUCCGAGCGUCGAGGAACCGUUGAGCGUGCUGGAAGGUUCGAACGCCCAGAGCGUACAGCUGCUGGCCGAUGGAACGCUCAGCGAACGGGUUGUACCGCAGGCGGGUGGUAUUGUGGUGGUGAACCUGUCAGGUGGAGAUUUUGCAUCACAUGAUGCCAUCAUCGAUGCGCUGUACACGCGUCUACGCAACGCUCAUCCCAACAUUGUAGCCAUCUACACCGCCAAAACGCCGUCCUUCAGUUACUCCAGUUUGGUGCGAAAGACGCGUCAAGCCGAACAGGAACCAGAACCCGUACGGGAGGUGCUGUCGACCGAUGGAUUCCUGAUGGUGUACGAAGCAUUCCGGUUCGGUCAGGCCGAUGCUGAGGAGCUUACCUCCGCCAAGCUGGAUCGUGCUGCCAAGGUUGAAAACGCUACCACCGAUUCCAUGCAAAUUCGGCUAACUGGGGCGGGAGCACAGGUGGAUCUGUUCUUCCUGCUGACCCAAGGCUCAUGGGAGGUCACGGGUGUGUGGUUCGACAAUCAGGAAUAUUAUCUUCGCCAUCGAGUGCACGUGAACCAGCACUUCUCGUAUGCCUGCAACUCUUGGGAGUACUAUUCGUACGAUUUGCAGAAGAAAAUUGUCUUCGAUGAAGUGCAAGUGCAACCGUUCUGGUCUGCAGAUGGUGAGGCGAUGGCAAGCAACAGGUUCGGUGACGCAUGGUACUGCGUUGGUUUUACCAGCGGUGGUAUCCUGUCCGGGCUAUUUUUGAUUCUGAUUUUCAUCAUCAUCGGCUCGUACGGUAUUACCUGGAUGAUGGAUAUCCGUACGAUGGACCGCUUCGAUGAUCCGAAGGGAAAAACCAUUACGGUGAAUGCUGCUGAAUAA